AUGACGCAACUUGGUUAUUUAUCGCACUUUGUCGUCAUCCACACCGACGUGUCAGUAUCGAAGGAGUGUAAGAUCAAUUUGGCCAAAAUGUGGGACUGCUCGUUGUGCUCCGGUGAGCCACAAUCGAAACCAUGCCCGGGUCUGUGCGCAAACGUCAUGAAAGGUUGUUUGGCCGAUUGGGCAGAAGUCGAUCAACAAUGGAAUGCAGUGAUAGCCCGAUGUUACACAAUCGAUGACGUCAUCCGUGAACCCCGUCAUCUGGCGUCGUUUGCCCGAAUUGGAGCCCGACAUCGACGAGAUAUGGACCUGCGCGGUAUCAACGAACGUGCUGACAACUAUGGCAAAGUACUGAACUCUUUGAUGAAUUCGUUCUCCGAACGCCUGAGUGCUCUGCGGGGAUGGUUUACUGGAUUACCAACGGCUUUCUGUUCGGAUUCUGGAUUGGUGGCAGCCGAUGGUGAGACCUUGGAUGUCAUGAGAAACGAUCUUCGUCUGGGAAUGCUUGCAUUUCGCCUUCAAAACGCUCUCCACGGUCAGAACUAUACCAAUUACGAGAUCGAAGGGAGUGCCACCACGAUUGAUGAUGAGGACUAU